AUGUCCAACGUACCCUUCACCGCUGCCCUUUAUAAUUGGUACUCCAAUUUCGCUACAAAUGCGGCCCAAUCCAUCUCCGAUCUCACGCUCCGAGAUUAUAUUCGACUGGUGUGGCUAGUUGGAGGAUAUCUCUUUCUGCGCCCGUAUCUUGACAAAGGGUUUCGCAAAAUGUUUGAAACGGAUAUGGCCAAGACCGAAAAAGUGGAAGCUCAAAGACUGUCUGAACAGCAGCAGGUCCAUAAGGACGCUUUGUCUAGUACGCAGAAAGAAGACCAGGAGAGCUAUGAUGACCACGAUCACUCCCCCGCUAGAGGGCCACAAUGGGGAAAGAGCGCGAGAAGAAAACAGCAGAAAUUUCUCGAGUUUCUGGAACAGGAAGCUGAGAGACAGAGAGAGGACGACGAUGACAAAGACAUUGCGGAUUUGCUAGAGGAUUGA